UAUGCAUUGCACGUUAUCAUUAGUGGAUGUGUCUCUGCAGGUGUUUCUAUACCAAUUCAUGCGUCUGACAAAGUAAUUGACGAGUCUGUUAAAUUAGAGUGAGUUUCAAUUAAAAGUUAUAAAGUCAAGAUUAAAUUGUCACCCCCUGAACAUCAGGGAAGGUGACAGUUUUGAAAUAAUAAGUGAUCAAAGUACUUCUCCACACCAAAUUCACAAUGCCUUCGCAACACCUCAGAGGAACCGUUUGGAACAUGAUGUACAUAACGUUCGGAGUUCGGCAGGACAAUCCAUUGUGCGACUGGAUGGCGAAUAUAGGCCUGGCUUUCACCGUUAUAGCCGGAACCUACAGUCUUUUCCAGCCAGCUCCUUAUGGGCGGUAUUCAUCUCCAAAGUUCGGACCAACCAUUCCUGCCAAAACGGCGUGGAUUAUUCAAGAAUCGCCUGCAUUCAUUGUCCCGAUUCUCGUGGUUUUGACAACGCCACACGUCCAGCUCAGCAAUGCUCCCAAUGCGAUUGCACUUUCUCUGUUUUUACUACACUAUUUAAAUAGGACCUUCAUUUUCCCAUUUGCCCUCCCCGAGCAGGUCAAGCCUAUCCCAAUCCCCACAAUUUUUUCUGCUUUCUUCUUCUGUGCAUACAACGGUUUCCUUCAGGGUCAUCAUUUAGCAAACGCCUACCGAAUUGAGAGUUCUGGAUUUGCAGAAACGGUUGGAAUAAGCAUGUUUUUCCUCGGAAUGUGGAUCAACAUUAAGCACGAUGGAAUUUUGAUGAAUUUAAAAAGAGAAGCCGGCACGGAUAGCGAAGGGAAUACAGAUUAUGAAAUUCCAACUGGGGGUUUAUUUGAGCUUAUCAGUGGGGCCAAUUACUUUGGAGAAAUUUUGGAGUGGUGGGGGCUUGCCUUAUACACGGGAGGUUAUCCUCAAAUUGCCUUCGCUACAUUCGCCAAUACUUUCCUUAGCAUUCGAGCUUUUCAUCAUCACCGAUGGUACAAAGAGAAGUUUGGAAGUGCAUAUCCGUCCGAGAGGAAGGCAAUUAUUCCAUUCGUGUUUUGAGUGAUUUUUGGUUAAAAUUCUCAGUAAUCUGUAUAUACACAUGCUAAUAAAAAAUUUAAACAGA